UUGGUAUUAUUAAUACUGCUAGAGUAGCAGUUUGGUCAUUAAUUUCCAAAGGUGUGUUGCCUUCACUAGACUAACAAUGCUUAUUCAUCCACAGAAUACAAGUACGGAGAUGAAUCAGACGACUGAUGGUCUCUUGUCCUCCAUCCUCAAUGAUGAAGCUUUGGGCUUGAUGGAAAUGGCCAUGAAUGACGCCGGUUGCGUGCUGCCUCAGCUUGGUGGUGAGGAAGGUGUGGACGCCUCCAGUGACUCAGCAGUAUCCUCCCUCAGUCCCGAUGAAACCUGGGGCACAGUGGACCACACUACACGACCCCAAGACAACGGCAGUCGAAACCAGAGUGGAGACUACAGUGCAGGAAGCUAUCGUUAUGGACCUGAGGAUCCCCACAGAAUGCCACCAGUACCAUUGAAAAAGCAACACAUGUUUGGCAGAGACAAGAGAUACUUUCAUGAUAAUCUACAAGGAGCAACUGGUGGCAUGGGAGGUGGCAGCAGUGCAGGUGUUGGAGAUGUCGGAGGCUAUGGAGGCCAUUAUCCUCCACCUGGCAUCCAGACCAUGGAGGGAGCCACUGCCUUGGAUCCGGCUGAGAUGAAGUAUUCUUGCACGAUGGACUUCCGCUCCCAAGGAGGUGAGGACCACAGCACAGCAGUUCCUAUAUCUUCUUUUUCUUCUUUUUUUUUUCUUUUCUUUUCUUUUUUUUUCUUCAUCUCUCUUUUUCUCUUGUCCCUUUUUUAUGCAAAAUAAUCGCAUACAAUGACUGAUGUCAUUCUGCAUGACUGCUUGAGUGAUUGUUUAUCAUUGUGAUAAAGAAAAAGGAUUGGUAAUGGGAGAUAAUCUGAAGAUGAAAAAAUUAGGAGCAUUUUUCAUAUCCCAACUUGAUAAUGUAUGACUUCAUCUCCUAUAUUAUGUGUUAGAAUUGAAUUGUUUUGUUUGCUUGAAAUACUUGACAAAGAGUGGACUGAAUCCUAAAAAUGUGUUAUCUUAAGCAAGUUAGAGAAUGUUGCUAUUUAGUCUAAAUCUGUAUCUAAUCCUUGAUGCCGCCUCAAUGCAGAUGUGAAGGAUUACAAAUUUGAUUUGAAAAGUAGCUGGAAAUGGAUGUACAUAUAUAGGCCGAUUUUAUGUGAUAUGAAAAGUCUCUGUAUAAGAAAGCAAAUUUCUCACAGUAAGAAAUAUGUCAUUAUGAUAAAGAGAUAUUUAAAGUGAAUUUAUGAAAGAAAAUAUUCAUUUUUGAAAAAUAAAUGAAUCUGUAUGGUCAGCUAAUUUUCAUAUUAAAAUGGUGCUUAAAUGGAAUAUGUAUCAGUGAUUAAAGAAAAUGUUUCAAGACAUGUAUUGUUUUGUUUAAAGUAGAUUUAUAAUAAAAAUAGUAAUACCAAUAGUGGAGAAAGUUAAGAAAAGGUCAAGGUAAUUUGGUCUUUGAAGCUUACCCGGUGGAUAUAG